AUGGCCAGAUGUGUGAGCAAGAGCACAGACAACAACAUAAAUGAAAGCAUCACCAAGAAUGAGGCUUCAACUAUCCCCUCGUCCGUAGAUAUUAGGAUAUACUAUGAAAUUCCGCCCAACAUUGAGUUUUCAAACAUAAAAGGAUGUGAAUUCAAAGAGUUCCUGAUAUUGAAGCCGAUGUACCCCAUUCAUAUGAUGAUUAUAAUCAUCUAUAAUCAAUGGGAUUUUCAGCUUCUUUUGUGA